CAAAGCUGCGAAGUGGUGACCAGUUCUUGCACUGACCAUUCUCUAGCUAGCUUCCGCAGCCAGAGUAAACACGCAGAGAGCGCGAUUCCCACCUUUCAGUCUUGAUCAGACAGCAAAGAUGCCGAUCAGGAACGUUGCCGUGGGCCACUACCGUGAGACAACUCAGCCAGAUGCCUUGAAGGCAGCCUUGGCUGAGUUCAUCUCCACCCUUAUUUUUGUCUUUGCCGGUGAAGGGUCCGGCAUGGCCUUCAGCAAACUCACCGACGGAGCUUCCAACACACCCGCUGGACUCAUAGCCGCAGCUAUAGCCCAUGCUUUCGCUCUUUUUGUUGCUGUUUCUGUUGGUGCCAACAUCUCCGGUGGCCAUGUCAACCCCGCUGUUACCUUCGGUGCUUUCAUUGGUGGCAACAUCACCCUCUUCCGUGGCAUCCUUUACUGGAUUGCUCAGCUCCUUGGCUCCACUGUCGCUUGCUUGCUUCUUAAAUUCGUCACUGGUGGCUUGGAAACCUGUGCUUUCGCUCUGUCGACUGGGGUUGGUGUAUGGAACGCCUUCGUUCUUGAGAUCGUGAUGACCUUUGGACUUGUAUACACUGUCUAUGCCACAGCAAUUGAUCCAAAGAAGGGCAAUUUGGGAAUCAUAGCCCCGAUUGCAAUUGGUUUCAUUGUGGGUGCUAACAUUCUAGUCGGAGGUGCCUUUGAUGGAGCCUCAAUGAACCCAGCUGUUUCAUUCGGCCCUGCUUUGGUGAGCUGGAGCUGGACCAAUCACUGGGUCUACUGGGCCGGACCACUGAUUGGUGGUGGACUUGCUGGGCUCAUUUACGAGCUGUUCUUCAUCGGCUUCGGCACCCACGAGCAGUUGCCGACUACUGACUACUAAACAAGUGGGACGGCAAUGUGCAUGCAUGAGAUGGUUUUGAUCUAAGCACUGCCACGGCUUUUCUUUCCUUCUCUGUACCUAUUUCUUUACGGGUAUUUAUUUGUUCUGCCUUUCAUUUGUGAUCGUUCCCAUCACCAUGUCGCGGUGUGGUUUGUGUAUUCGAUCUGCUUCGGUUGUAAGCUUUUAUUCCCAAUCAUCUUUCUAUCUUUGUUUUA